AUGUCUGCUUCUCCACCCACGUCGUCGCCUUCGUCGUCGGCCGCCGGCGUCCCUCUGCUGAGUGCUGCCCCGUCGUCGACCUACAGGCACGGAGAUUGCACCGCCUAUCACUCCCUUGGUCGAUCUAUACCGGCCGCGGCUCCAUACUCCGGUUCGCAGCCAUCUCUAUCGGAACGCGCGCGCAUUAUCCAGGCUGCUCAAGUCACCGCAGCCCUCGACCACGAGAACGCCGUCAGCAAGCCGAAGCUGCUGAACAACAAGUACGCGCAGAUCUCGCACGGGUCGCCGCUCGCUCAGCUGAUGCCGAUGAAGUCACUCCGUCCGCUGCAGCAUCGCCCUCUAACGUCGUCCCCAGUCAGUUGGAGAUCGCCCUCGGAGAUCUGGAUGAUCGAGCUGGCAGAUAUCAAGGCUACCUGGACCCCUCCUCCCACUGCAUCGGUGACCCCAGGUGGCCGACUGUUGGCUGCCAGCGAAGCUGGCAAUGAUGAUGAUCGGACUAGUGACGGACGCGCGGGACGUGCCCUGCAACGAUCCAAUGCCGAACGAGACAGAUCUCGCAAUCAAUUGCGCCAAGCGGAGGCGACAAUCGACACGUUGCAGACCGAGUUGGCGCAAUCGCGCACGCUGGUCAACAAAGCAGCGCCACGGAUGGACGCCCUUCGCUUGGAUACGUCCAAAGCUCGUAAGGACGCAGAAGCACCACGACGAGAAGCGGCGGCGGCGUCGAAGAAGGCGCAAGACGGUGCGACAGCGUUAUCGGAUCUCGCACAGCGGCAUAAGGUGGCUGGGAAGCGACUGGAGGAGUUGGAGAGGAAGAUCACUCGGCUGACUCAACAUAACACCGUUCUACGGCGUGAGAACGUCGUCUUCAAGAACAGUUUGGAGCAUCGUCAGGCUGAUCUCGCAACAGCUCAGGAUCGCGCAGUGGCUGCAGAACGAGAGCGAGCGGAGGCCUCCCUCGCUCGCGACGACUUGCAGGCGGAGCUGGAUGCGAGUCGACAGUCGCUGCUGAAGGAGCAGGCUUCUUCUGCUGAUCUCCGCAGCAAACUAGCGGAGCGUGAGGAACACCUUGGAGCGUUGCGCAACUUGAUCAAUCUGGUACCUGCGCCGACUCCGCAACCUGAGGUGGAACGAUGCGUGGCGUCGGCCUCUUCCAGUUCGUCUCUUGCCACACUGGCGUCAACGGCCACGAGCCUUGUCUCCUCUGAUCCUCCAGCGCGAACAUCUUCGCAGCAGCUCCCGUCUGGCUCGGCAAAGCGAAGUGGAGAUCUCUCUUCUGAUCCAACGUCACAGUCGAAGCGCGCAAAGCGCGCCGUUGCGACUACCGAGGGAGCGCCAGCUGAGUUGUCUUCCUCUACGGCGAUGGCCAAAGACCUCGCUUCGAAGUUCUUACCACGCGACUGGCUGCUACCCGCCGGGGUAUGCAACCCUAAGAAGGGGAAGCUGGCCGUUGCUGCUGACUAUCGGCCCUGGCCACAAGCCUCGGUCGAAGCUUUAUACAAAGCGAGUCCCUGGAAGAUCUUCCUGGAUAACAUGCCCGACCCAGUCUCGUUCGACAUUGGUGAUCCCCGCUUCCAACCUCUUCCGGCCAUCAUCCGCGAUGUGCUGGCUCGGAACGAUAAUCGUGGCGCGCUUGUGUUCUGGGAGAUCACCCACUCCAUCGAGAUUUCCAUUUCCAAGGCCAGCGCUGAGUCUUGGGAGGUGAAGUUCACUUCGGAUCGUAAGAAUCGGAGAUCCCACUUUGUGAAGAUGCUGCUGCCUGUGUUCGAAGAGGUGGCCCGCCUGUGCAAGGUUUAUGUGUGCGACUUGGACAUUCUUCUGGAGCCAUUCUUCCUGCCGCUGAUCGCAACGUGCCCGUGGUUCCCUAAGGGAGCUUCUGGUGCCUCUGGAGAUCUGUUACACGUCUUACGAACGACUGACGAGGCGGAGCCGUGGCGCCUGUUCUACUGGAACGCUCGUGCCAAACACCCAUCGAUGAACGAACCCAUCCACACGCGCCUUCGAGGCAAGUUCAAGGCGACCUCGUCAAUCGCCUAG